AGUACACUGCGCUUUGCCUGUACUCGGUUGCCUUCUCUUUAAAGGCUUCGGCCUUCGCUUUCUAGGGUUUUCUGUCUCUCUCUUAAAGCCAAUCGAGACGCUGUUGUUUCUGGACUUUGCCAAUCCGCCGAGAUGAAGCUCACUGUAAAGACCCUCAAGGGCAGCCAUUUCGAAAUUAGGGUUCAGCCCACUGACGCCGUUAUGGCUGUGAAGAAGAACAUUGAGGAUAUACAAGGAAAAGAUAAUUACCCAUGUGGACAGCAGUUACUGAUUCACAAUGGGAAGGUCUUGAAAGACGAAACUACAUUGGCUGACAACAAGGUCACAGAAGACGGUUUUCUUGUUGUCAUGCUUAGCAAGAAUAAAACUUCAGGCUUAGCAGGGUCUUCUUCUUCUCAGCCUGCCUCUACAAAUCCUCCUACAACUCCACCAACCACAAAUUCUACAAACAGAACUGAAGCUCCCAUACAAGAACCACCCUUGCAGAGUACCACAUCUGCUCCAGACACUUCGAGUGCGCAUGGUGAUACCUAUGGUCAAGCUGCUUCAACUUUAGUUGCUGGUACUAAUCUUGAGCAGACUAUUCAACAAAUAAUGGAUAUGGGUGGUGGCAACUGGGACAAAGAAACAGUUACACGUGCCUUACGAGCAGCUUAUAACAAUCCGGAGCGAGCAGUGGACUACUUGUACUCUAGUAUACCAGAAACAACAGAAGUUGCAGUUCCUGUAGGUAAUUUCCCUGCAAGUCAGGCAACUGAUGUUGCCCCCGUCUCUGGAGCGCCUAACUCUGCUCCUUUGAAUAUGUUUCCUCAGGAAACACUCUCUGGUGCUGGCGCUGGGGCCCUUGGAUCCCUCGACUUCCUUAGGAAUAAUCGCCAGUUCCAAGCGCUGCGCUCAAUGGUGCAAUCAAACCCACAAAUUUUGCAGCCCAUGCUGCAGGAGCUCGGAAAGCAAAACCCCCAGCUUUUAAGAUUAAUUCAGGAGCACCAUACUGAGUUCCUUCAGUUAAUAAAUGAACCCGUUGAGGGUUCUGAAGGUGACAUAUUUGAUCAGCCUGACGGUCCUGACCAAGAUUUGCCUCAUGCCAUCAAUGUAACCCCUGCCGAGCAGGAGGCCAUUGAACGACUUGAGGCGAUGGGAUUUGACAGAGCGUUGGUCAUUGAGGCUUUUCUGGCAUGCGAUCGCAACGAGGAACUGGCAGCCAACUAUCUAUUGGAGAACGCUGGAGAUUUCGAGGACUGAAUGAUUGUUUUAAACACCCAGUUAUACUUUAACCCAUUGGAUUCAUGGUUUUAUUGGUUUGAAUCCGCAUCAUUGUCGCUUGAAGGCGGUGCGUGGAGUGUCUGGAGCGACUUAAUGUCCGCAAGAAAAUGAAUUUAAUUAAAUAGUAAUUGUUUUUUUUUUCUUUUUCAAAUUGGAUUUUUAAGUGUAACAUUCUUUUCGUACUCCAGUUUUUGGUAUUAUUAUGAAUGGCAAUUGAAAUUGAUUUCUAA